UAACUUACGGUCCUGAAUGCACCAUUUGGUUUGGGUUACACCUCUAACGCUUUGCAAGAUGCUAAAGGAAAAUAUGUUGUUUUGGCAACCAGGUGACGAACACCACGUCCUGAAAAACGUCGCAUAACACAGACGGUUCGGGAUGGACGAAGAAGAUAAAUUGCGAACAUGUCAUCUCUUGGACCUGCCCUGGGAGGAUGUGCUCGUUCCACAUAUUUUGUGCUACUUGCCACUUCAACACCUUGUCAGCCUGCAGAGGGUGAGCAGGCAGUUCCACAGCCUCAUCCAGGUGUACCUAGCCAACUGCAGGACUUUUAAUCUCUCCCCUAUAGGGCCGUGCAUUCCCAAAGAAGCAUUCUGCUCCAUGCUAAAGGACAACAAAGUUCUGCAGAAGCUGUCGCUUCAGAACUGCUCGGAGUGGGUGACGGACAAGGAGCUGCUCCCGGUCAUCGGACAGAACCAGCAUCUGCAGAAAGUGGACAUGAGCGGCUGCGUCUGGCUCACCCGCCACUCCCUGGUGGCCGUGUCCUUGAGCUGCACGCACCUCCAGCACCUCGGCCUGGCCCACUGCGAGUGGGUGGACAGCCUGUCCCUGCGCAGCCUGGCUGAUCACUGCGGGGGGCUGCAGUCAAUCGACCUCACCGCCUGCCGCCAGCUGAAGGACGACGCCAUCUGCUACCUGGCCAAGAAGUGCUCGCAGUUGAGGUCCCUGUCGCUGGCGGUCAACGCCAACAUUACCGACGAGUCGGUGGAGGAGGUGGCCAAGAACUGCAGGGCCCUGGAGCAGCUGGAUCUCACGGGUUGCCUGCGGGUCAGGAACCACUCCAUCAGGACUCUCGCGGAGUAUUGCCCGAAGCUGCAGUCCCUUAAGGUGAAUCACUGUCACAACGUGACAGAGUCGAGCCUCGAUCCUUUACGGAAGCGCAACGUAGUGAUUGAUGUCGAGCCUCCUUUACAGAGGGCACUGGUUCUUCUUCAGGAUGUACUGGGGUUUGCUCCCUUUAUCAAUCUCCAGAUUUAGCCUGGGGACACUCGGCCUAUCCAACAAGUGAACACAGGUGCCACUUUCCGCUGCGCCACAUGGACAUGUCCUUCUUAAAAACUUUUUAAGAAGACCUGGAUGUUCGUGUGAUAAAACAAUGUGCACAAAAAAAACUUCACUGGACUGUGAUCUAUGAUGCACGUUUGAGGAUAACAAAGAAAGCCAUGUACUUUUUACGAACUGCUUCAUCAUGUCCAAGAGACGUCACUGCACAAUUCCUUAAUCAUCACGGUGUUGUAAUAACGUGGCUUUAUAGAAAGGUGAUUCCAACCAAAGUACGGUGUGUUGUUUUUAAGCAAAGCGGUUACGUUUCAUUUAGGAACAUUAAAAAAAAAUUAAAAAAGUGUUUGAGUUUAAUUGAACAUUCAAUUUUUGCACGUAUAUGCCAGCUUUAAAGGGUCAACUCGUCCAAAACACAUAAAAACAUUCUCUCGCCUACUACUUCUUUUGUGUAAAUACGUGUUUUAGUAUCUAAAGAAGAUGAAUGCCGUUUUAUUUCUAGCUCAGACAAUAUCUUGUCUUCCACAAACAAGACAAAUCCAUAGAUUUUAACCCGUAUUGUAGAUAAAUAAAUAGCCCUAGUACUUGUUUGAAAUAAGUAUAAGAAUUUAUUACGACUGUUUCCCACUGUGUGUCUAAAGUAUUUUUUUUUUUUUGUAAAUCAUACCUGUUGAAAUGUUGUUGCCCUGUGAUAAACAAGUAUAAGAAAUAUUAAAUUGAAAAUACCACAUGAAA